GCAGUACUCCCCGAUAUUACUACAUACUGACACACCCAAAAGGCAAUGCUCCGCUGCGCUUCUGUCGUGCUAGCGGUGGCGGCCUCGGUGGCCAUCGCACAGACUCCACCAGAUGCUUCAACCUGUUUGCCAUGGGACGCCACAGUCGAGAAAGCCAUCCAUCCAUCCCUGACUGACCUGUACAAGGCGCUGUCGCCGCUGGCAGUCAUGUCGCCCGGGUUUGGUUCGUGCCUGCGAAAUGGCCAAGAAGGAUGGAUUCUGCUGGUCCAGUCGAUUGCAUCGAACGACGACUGCAAUCAGACGAUUAAAUGGCUACAGGCCAAACCGAUGUCGGACAUUCCAUUCCAGCAUGCCAAUCGCACCCAGGCGCAGGCGAUGGCGCUGGCAAUGCACCUGCUCCAUCUCAACGACACACAACUGCUCAGCACGUGCACCAACACGAUUCCGGCCGUCGCUGCAUGUGUCAUGAACAAGAUUCUCAAGGAUGUAACUGUACUCAAAACAGCGUCGCCGUGUUGUGCAUCGUGGAUCGAUUCAUAUACCGACCCAUUACCUUUGAGCCUAUUCACGUCCAACCUGCUCAAGCACGUGUCCAAUGUAUUUUGCUCCACACAAGUGGUCGCCGGGGCCAAAACAUCUUGCGUCAUGACGGGUGUAAAGGCCGUGAUUCCCUCGAGCGUUGACAUGGUGGACAUGCUGACACGGCUGGCAGAUUUCUUGGUCGCGCCCAACGAACAAGGGUGUGCGGCCCAGGAAGGCCUGCCCUUCAACGACACUGCCGGCAGCCCCCGGUCGCCCCUGUUCCACAACGCCACGCCCUUCAGCGGCUGCAGUGCAUCGCUCGAUGCAUUCGUGCAGUGGAUCAAGAGCGUUCCGUACCUGCGCCUCAUUUCUACCUUUGACCCGUCGCGCCUCUUUGCCAACGGAUCGGCCAUGUGCGUGACGGGCCAGAAGCUGCUGCCGUACUUGGAGCUGUUUCUUCCUCAAGAUAAGCCGGCCGCCAUGGCGCUGAUCACCGAUUUUUACGCCAACAAGUGCAUGCAUAUUGCCAACGGGUUUGCAGCCUCAUGCAAGUUUCGAUGGCCGGCCACCGAGUACUACGUCGCCUCCAACUGGCCGUACGAGACGACGAAUUCUGCGACCGCCACGUCGGCCCCGUCGUCGGUCCCUGCAAAGUCGCCCGCUUCUGUGCCGUCGUCCAGCGCGGCAGCAGCAUCAGCCCUCGGCUGGACCGCGUCGAUGGUUGUGCUCGCAGCAAUGACGUAACUACUUCGAAGGAACUUGCAAGCAAUCAGUAGUAGUACAGUGUAGCUACUGUAGUAGUAGUAGCUACCGUCCCAUGCUUGAGUAUGCGUAAAAUGUCGUGAUAUGGCUGAUGUAUAUACAAUAUCUUUUCACAUUGGUUGUGAGCACAACU